AGCGUUUCGAAAUGCGCGUAAUGAUCCCCUUUGGCCCAAAAUUUGAAAAAUAAAUAUCCAACCUGAGGCGCUGCAAUUAAGAGCAUGGCAGGUGACUCUCCUGCCCACAGGAAUGGAACUGUACCCAUCAUGACGGCGCAGAGCACGACCGAAGCAGCACCGCUCCAUACCCGGCCGACGGUUGCGGACCUACAUGGCGACAAUCAUUUCGCAAAGCUGGCACACAAAAUAUGGCUGAAUAAUAAGAAAUCCUCGAAGGUCAAUGCCAAAUUGGUGAAGGAGGAGAUGUGGGAUGUGUUAGAAGAAGGCGGUUUCGCUUAUGGAGACCUUCUCAUACUCGAGACUCUCCAGGCUUUAGAGAAAUAUCUAUGGCCUGGCUACUCGGAAGCUGCCUCAAAUUACCACGUGUUGCUCCUUGCAAUACUGGUCAAUGUGAAGCGGCGCGAGCGCCUCCCGUCGUGGAUCAUUUUCGAAGACCGGCCUGCUGACUUCUCCUCGUUCUUUCGACGCGCGCUUUCCAUGACAGUCGACCUCAGCAUCUCACUGAAGAUCAGGACACACCUGCUCUGCUUUGUGAUUGGCGCAUUUGAGUCUCUUGACAGUGGACUGGUUAGGAAGGAGUGCGCCCCCCUCGUUGGCAUAGCUAUAUGGCAGCAUUUGCACAACGACGCAGCCAGGGAGGACAAAUUCAAUAGUCACGUUAUGUUGCGCAAGAUGUGGAGGUCAGCAAGCAAGAGAUACGACACCGCCGACGAUGAAACGAAGGCCAGGAUACACUUUGAACGCUCGUGGCUUUAUACCCUGUUGAUGGAUUUCUUGGAUCGCCUUUAUGAAGUCCAGGGCGGUGAAGCUCGCCAAGAGAACGUUGCAUAUGGCGAAAGGUUUUUGGAGCUCUUGAUCGACCUCGAAAGCCAGCUUCCAACACGACGCUUUGUGAACUCGCUAUUACAAGAUCUCAACUUAUUGCCUGCCAUUGCGCUCUCCCCCAUGUAUAACGAUGAGAACAACGGUUUGCUGCGCGACUUAUAUAUCUUAUUGCGUCACUACGCAACUUUCCCUGUCGAUGAUCAGUCUGGUGCUCAGUUGUCACGAUCGGAGCACCAUGACGAGCAGUACCGCAAGCUAGCAAGGCUGCAGCGGGUCGCCUUUAAGAACUUCGAGAGCAAGUUAAAGAUCCUAGCUCUAUCAAACUAUGGUUCGUUGAGUUCCAGGCUAGACCUUGAGGGGCAUUUUGGCGAACUUGAAUCCGCUGAAUUGCAAAAGCUUUGUGAACUACUGGGCUACAGGACUGAAUACCCCACGUCCUCCAAACUAGUCACUGACCGCUCAUUUUACCUCGAGGUCCUGAUACAAGAGCACGAGAAGCGACCAACAUUCCAAGAGUCAGCCAGGGAGCUCACUAUCCUUCCGACAGAAAAAACACUUUAUGAGCAGUCUUUUCUACGCAAUGACACGUACAAUGGUUCUCAUCCACUCGCUGUACCAAAGCUCAAUCUCCAGUACCUUACCAUGGGGGACUUUCUAUGGCGCUCGUUUAUUCUACAUCGCUGUGAGUCCUUCUAUGCUAUCCGUAAGGAUGUUGAGGAUGUCAUUAAGCGCGUAAAACCACGAAAUGUGUCUGGGAAUAUUCGAUUCGAUGGACAGUCGAGAAUGGCAAUACCAAUUCCAAAACCUGCAAUUCUAGAUGUGGGCCCCGCUAAUGUCGGCGAUAUUCAUCCUUCCCAUGUACGCGCUGAGCUCACACUGGACGUGUGGAGGCUUCAGUAUAAUGUACGCAGAGAAUGGGAGUCUUUGAGGCCUGGAGACGUCGUUUUCCUGGUAUCAGUAAGACCGCAUACCGAAGCUUUGAGUGCGAAUAAUGGAUAUGUGGAACCGUCGUCGAGUGACCGCGUUGGCUUAAAAUAUCUGCGAGCCGCUGAGGUUGUACAAGUUCAAGAUGAGAAUGGGAAAGUCCUCAAGGAGCCGCAGCCUGAUGAAGGAGGUGGUCGUCGGCCGAGUAAAAGGAGGCUUAUUGUGAAAAUUGAUGCGGUGGCAUAUGAGGAAGAUCGAGAGCAGAUGGCGAAAUCCAAAAUCAAUAUUUACGAGUCUAUCAACCUUGUAAUCAGGAGGCGCGGUCGCGAAAAUAACUUUAAGCCCAUCCUGGAGUCGAUAAAACGCUUGACGCUGUCCGACGUGCCUGCGCCAUCGUGGCUGCAGGGCGUGUUUUUGGGAUACGACGACCCUGCAGCAGCGACGUACAAACGACUUUCCAACCGACUCAAGAGCAUCGACUUUCGAGAUACUUUUCUGGAUUGGCAGCACCUUAUUGAGAGCUUACCAGGAAAAGCGCUCGAACCGAGCGAAGACCAGAAGGGUAGCUUUCCGCCGCCCUAUGUUUUGGAGACUGUUGCAUCAGAGCCUGCACCUGUCGAAACGCGUCCAUCGAAAAAACGCCGGCGAGAGAUUGGCUUUAGUCAACAGCCGGAAGUCGAGGCAGUCAAAGUGUCAACGUAUAAGCCGCCAAACAUGGGCCCAUAUCCGACAGAUGCGCCAAAACUCAACAGCGUACGGUUCACGCCGGUUCAGAUAGAGGCUAUAAGUUCGGGUACGCAGCCCGGUUUGUCUAUCAUUGUCGGGCCUCCAGGAACUGGCAAGACAGACGUGGCAGUUCAAAUAAUAAACAACAUUUACCACAAUUUCCCGAACCAGAGGACUCUCCUUGUGGCCCACAGCAAUCAAGCGCUCAAUCAACUCUUCCAGAAGAUUAUGGCCUUGGACAUCGACGAGCGCCAUCUUUUAAGGUUGGGGCAUGGUGAGGAGGAGCUAGAGACAGACGUCAGCUUCAGCAAGUACGGACGUGUCGACUCUUUCCUUGAGCGGGGCGCAGGAUAUCUGGCUGAAGUGAACCGUCUGGCUGCAAACUUAGGGGCGCCAGGUGCACAUGGAAACUCUUGCGAGACUGCAGACUAUUUCAACCAGGUGUAUGUGAAGCCAAUAUGGACAAAAUAUUGGGACACUGUACGCCAACCUGAAACGACCGUAGAGCAGGUCAUGGAGUCUUUCCCUUUUCACUCAUUUUUCUCAAAUGCGCCACAGCCCAUUUUCCCUCAGGGAGCUACCAAAGAGGAGAUCACGGAAAUUGUACAAGGCUGCUACAGACACAUUGAAAAAAUCUUUACGGAGUUGGAGGACAUCCGACCUUUUGAGGUUUUAAGGCGAGAACGAGAUAAAGCAAACUAUUUGCUUAUCAAGGAAGCUCGUGUAAUUGCAAUGACAUCGACUCAUGCUGCUAUCCGGCGACAGGAGAUUGCAGAUCUUGGGUUUAACUACGAUAACGUCAUCAUGGAGGAAGCCGCCCAAAUUACGGAGAUUGAAAGCUUCAUACCCCUUGCUCUCCAAAACUCAAAAGACGGGAAUCUUCCCCUGCAGCGGGUCGUACUCAUUGGCGACCAUCUUCAAAACUCGCCAAUCAUUCAGAACCUGGCGUAUCGACAGUACGCUAAUCUCGAGCAGAGUCUAUUUCUGCGCCUCGUGAGAUUAGGCGUACCAUCUAUCACAUUAGAUCAGCAGGGCCGCGCGAGGCAGAGCAUCGCUGAACUGUAUACCUGGCGUUACCCGACUCUCACGUCUCUUCCUUCUGUACUGACCAAUCCGGAGUAUCAGACCGCCAAUGCGGGACUCAGAUAUGACUAUCAAUUCAUCGAUGUGCCUGACUACAAGGGGAAGGGAGAAGCAGAACCAACUCCACAUUUCAUACAGAAUUUGGGCGAGGCCGAGUACGCAGUUGCUCUUUUCAUGUAUAUGCGCUUGCUCGGUUACCCUGCGAGUAAAAUCAGUAUUCUCGCGAUGUAUGCUGGACAGAAAGCACUGAUCAGAGAUGUGCUAUCACAUCGAUGCAAAGGCAACAGAUUAUUUGGUAUGCCAAAGGUUGUGACGACAGUGGAUCGUUAUCAGGGCGAGCAGAAUGACUACAUCAUCCUGUCGCUUACACGUACACUGCGGCCUGGUUACCUCCGCGAUCUACGCCGCAUCACUGUUGCUCUGUCCCGUGCACGUCUAGGUCUUUAUAUCUUAGGCCGCAAGUCUGUUUUCGAAUCAUGCUACGAGAUUCAAGAUGCAUUCACGCGUCUCUUUGAAAGACCCACGACAUUGCAGGUUGUCACAGGCGAAAUGGCACCCACAGCGCGGUUGCUCAACGAUAACGUGGAUUCCACGGAGAUUGUCAACACUGAGCACCUAAUGCAAUAUGUUUGGGAGAUGACAAAAGCGAAGGUGCAGGCUAUCAAAGAAGGCGGUACCGCCUUGCCUGAGAUUUCAGAUGAGAUGAGGGUGGAUGAUGAGGACGAUGGUGAGAACGUGAUUGACGAGGAUGUACCUGAAGAGCCAGAAGAAGAGGAAGAUUUUGUAUGAGUUCAGCAAGCAGCCAGAAUCUGGGUUCAAUAUACCGGUUGACUGCAAAUUCUCUGACUCACAUAAAUCCAAGAAGUUGGUUAAAACGCCGACUAUAGAUUAAUCUUUCAUCGUGAAAAUUAUUGAUCUCAGGGCCAACUUGAGAAGGUUCUGGAAUUAAAAUCAUCAAAGGCAUACUAUAAAGUAUAGGACAUUAUCAAGUAGAUAAUAUGCGGCGAAAAGACUACCAAUUUUGCGUUUCUAUCUAAACACGUUUUUUUAUCUGGAGAAAAAAUCCAUGGUAUUGACCAGUUCUGUAUAGGUGCAUUGA